AUGUCGAGCACCAGAGUAUUUGGCCGCCUGGCCACAUCAGCGCGAGCCCUCCCCAAGGCCUCGUCGCCAUCGACCCUGGCCAUCCGCAGCAGGGCAGCGGCAGUCCCCGAGUGUAGACGAUGGGCCUCGACCUCCAAGCACCCGCAGGGCUUCGUGCCUCCCACCCAGGCCGACCUCGAAGAGCUGCGCGAACGCGUCCAGGAGUUCACCCGGCGCGAGAUCACCCCAGAGGUGGCCGCUGCCACUGACCAGAGCAAUGCGUUCCCGCCCGACAUGUGGGCGAAGCUGGGCGAGGCGGGCUUCCUGGGGAUCACGGCCGACGAGCAUGUCGGCGGCCUGGCGCUGGGCUAUCAAGCACACUGUAUAGUCAUGGAAGAGCUGAGCCGCGCCUCCGGGUCCAUCGCCCUGUCCUACGCCGCCCACAGCCAGCUGUGCGUGAACCAGCUGCAGCUGAACGGCUCGCCCGAGCAGAAGGCCAGGUACCUCCCCGGCCUGAUCGCCGGCGACAAGGUCGGCGCCCUGGCCAUGAGCGAGAGCAGCGCCGGCUCGGACGUCGUGUCCAUGCGGACCACCGCCAAGAAGGUGGACGGGGGGUACGUCCUCAACGGCUCCAAGAUGUGGAUCACAAACGGGCCCGACGCGGACUACAUCGUCGUGUACGCCAAGACGGAGCCUGACGCCGGCAGCAAGGGCAUCACGGCCUUCAUCGUCGAGACCAGGGGGUCAGAGGGCUUCGCCUGUGCGCGCAAGCUCGACAAGAUGGGCAUGAGGGGCAGCAACACCGGCGAGCUUGUCUUCGACAACGUCUUCGUGCCCGAGGCGAACAUACUCGGCAAGAUCAACGGCGGCGUGCGCGUGUUGAUGGAGGGUCUCGACCUGGAGAGGCUUGUGCUCAGCGCUGGGCCCCUGGGCCUGAUGCAGGCGGCCCUCGACGUAGCCCUGCCGUUCGUGCACACGCGCAAGCAGUUUGGCCAGCCCAUCGGCACCUUUCAGGCCAUCCACGGCAAGCUGGCCGACAUGUACACCAAGCUACAGGUCUGCAGGGCGUACACGUAUGCCACUGCGAGGGCUGUUGAUGAGGACGGCAUCAUCAAGACUCAGGACUGUGCAGGUGCCAUACUCUAUGCCGCCGAGAGGGCUACUGAAUGUGGCCUGGACUGCAUCCAGGUGCUUGGCGGCAUGGGCUACGUGGAGGAGAUGCCAGCUUCCCGGAUAUUGAGAGAUGCAAAACUUUACGAGAUCGGUGCUGGCACUUCUGAGGUGAGGCGUAUGGUUAUCGGUCGUGUCUUCAACAAAGAGUAUGCGAGUCACUCGGUGUGA